GGCGGGGCCAGCGUACUGCUGCAGCUGUCCAUGGUUGCGUAGUGGGAGCCAGAGAGGGUCCGGGUACGUGCGAGAUGCAGCCAUAGUCACGCUACACUGUCUAAAAUUAUAACCUGCUGGGAUCGUUACUUUUGCAGCGCAUCAGAGCCGACUGAAAGCUUGAGGACGUGAGGCAUCAUGGCUGAGCAGCAGAGGCAGCGCUCUCUGUCCACCGCUGGUGAGUCUCUCUACCACGUGUUGGGAGUUGAGAAGGUGGCCACGACGGAUGAUAUUAAGAGAUCUUACAGGAAACUGGCGUUGAAGUUCCAUCCUGACAAGAAUCCUGACAAUCCAGAGGCAGCCGAUAAGUUCAAGGAGAUAAACAAUGCCCACGCGAUUCUAAAUGACCCCACAAAGCGUAAUAUUUAUGACAAAUAUGGUUCUCUGGGACUAUAUGUAGCUGAGCAGUUUGGAGAGGAGAAUGUCAACACUUACUUUGUCCUCUCAAGCUGGUGGGCAAAGGCUCUGUUCGUAUUCUGCGGCCUGGCCACCGGCUGCUACUUCUGUUGCUGCCUGUGUUGCUGCUGUAACUGCUGCUGUGGAAAAUGUAAACCACGGCCCCGGGAAGGCCAGGACCAGGAAUUUUAUGUGUCCCCCGAGGACCUGGAGGCUCAGCUGCAGUCUGACGAGAGAGCAGAGGCUGGGGGAGACCCUAUAAUGCUGCAACCAUCAGCAACAGAGACAACCCAGUUAACAUCGGAUGGGCACCACUCCUACCACACUGACACCGGCUUCAACUAACCUUCUGUUCCCGUCAAUCCUGGCCUGCGGUCCUGCCUGCUUCCCUACUCCACCUCAGUGAGAUGAAAGAAAGGGGCAAUCCAUCUUUCCACUUCCGAAAGAGAGCCAGUGCGGAGGAGAGGGACUAGUAAGCAUGGCCCAUGAAAGGAACUAAUGAAGUCACACCCCUUACACCCCUCCCUGAUUGGUCCACAACUUAUUUCCCCCUGUACGAGAAGAAAAGAGAAACAACUAAAUAGUUUCCUUUUGCUUUCUUCUUUUGUAUUUCUUGGCCUUUAACCACACAGGUCGCCUACCCCACUUUCCCUCUGCCACAAUUUGCAUCAUGGUGUAGCAUGCACUGUUUAUAAAACAUGGUCUCCAAAUGUUCUUUUAUCUUUAGCAACGUUUUUACUUUGCAAGACUCAUAAUGUAGGUGCAUACAUAUGUGCAAUAUGUUCUCAUGAGUACAGUUCACGGGGAGGAGGAGGAGGAGGUGGGGGCAAAGUUUACGUGAUAUUUUAUGCUAAAGGAAAGAGAGCCAUGGCUCAGGGAGGUGCUGGUUAGAGAGAUGUGUUUGUUUGCUGAGGUGGUCGGUGCCAUUAUAAACCUUCAAGAACAGAGCUGCCGUAUAUUAGUGCAAUUUUCUCUUCUGAUUUGCAAUCAAUAGUACUUUAGUUGAAAAUGCCACCUGCCAUCAUCAGACCUACAGAACGUCUUUGGCACAGUGUUUGUGUCUUUAGUGUGCUCCCCUGAGUGUUUUUAACAUGAAUCAUGAGGUUGUUAAGGCACAGAGCUUUAUUUGCAGACAUUAUUUCAUAAAUGCCUGCUGACGUAACAUUUCUACUUUAGUUAUUAAUUAGAAUUGUUUUUUUCUUUCCUCUGCCUCAGCUUUAUUUCAGUCCAUCCUUGCAGGAUAGACUACUUUCCUGUCUUUCCUGCAGCACUGAACAGGUCAUCAGUUAUUUUCAAGGUAACUAAUAAUAAUAAUAACAAUAAUAAUAAUUUCUUGCAUUACGCAUCUAUUAUGGCAGGUGGAUUAGUUAUGGUAUCAUGAUUUUAUGUUGAUCUAUUGUUCUCAGCCAAACCUAACGAGAAUUUAUUUAUUUAUUUGAUUUAUUAAAAAUGUUGACAUUGGAUUCAUAAAUUAGAAGCAUACGCUUUUAAAGGAAUCUCCUACAAAACAUUGAUAAUUACCAUUUAAACUGUGUGGUUUUUAAUUAGUGGAGGAAAUUUUAUUUUUCAUUUGAUAAAGCAUCGAGGCUGUUGGAAUAAUGGGAAGAAUUUCUGCUGUCUGCUCUUUAUUUUUGUUCGUUUAUACCAAUAGCAAAAUUUAUUUAUUUCAGAGAUGUGACAACUCAUUGAGACUGAAAGAUAUUAAUUUCAUCUAACUACUGCAGAUAUUUUUUUGUUUACUUAUUGAUCUCGCGCUAUAUGAAGCCAAGGAGCUCCAGGUAAUGCAGCCAGCUCUGAUCAGAGCUGUUAAUAGGUAGAAAUAACUGAUCUCUAGCAGCAGCAGCAGCCCUGGUUCAGAGGGUGACAUGUUUUUAACUCUGAGCUGUCUUGAAUAUGUUAAGUAGUUAAUGUGAUGUGGAAAAACAUUACUGCUCGUCAUAGCUUGGAAAUAAAGCUGACAUCCACAUGGGAAUAUUUUAAGUAGUGAGGAAUAUGAUUUCCGUCAUGUUUUUAGUCCUUGUGUUUUGAACUGAAGUCUGAUGACUCUGACAUUUUGUCCAAUGCUGUGAUCGUUUAUCAUUGUUGACUUUUUUGAAUCCAUGUAGAGUAAGAAGCUCGUAAGGCAUAUCUUCUGUGAGCCAGUGCUACAGGCAGCUCCAAGUAAAAUGACUCUAGAUUUUUCAUACUACUGAAUUUGCAUAUAUUGCCACACAUUUUGCAAAUUGCCAUAAAUUUCCAUGAACAUCUUUGCCACUUUGUCAGUUUCAUAACUGCUAAUAAUGUGUUUCAAUAGUUUACAAUUGGUGAGCUCCUGUUGCCCACCCUCUGCUAUUAACUGUAUGGAUGUUGACCUCUGUGGCCCUUGUAUGAUGUUUCCUGUAACCCUUGAUGAAACAUAGAUGUUCCUGUCAUGGCUUUUUCAUUGAGAUACUGAAAAAUGCUACUGUAAAUGUUCUAAGUUGAAUGCACUGUGUGUUAAAAAAAAAUCUAUAAUGGCUCUAUAAUGGAUCAAUGAUCAGGAAAUGACUCCAUAAAAAGACAACAUAGUAUAUAGUGUAACUAUAGUGAAAUGGUUAUAUGAUGCAUUUUUUGGAAUUUUAUUUAUUUCAUAAUUUGUCAUGUUUCAAAUGAUAAUUGGCUAUAAUUUCAACUGGUAUGGUGUUGUAAUGUAACCACUAAAUUUAGCAAGGAAUGGUUUAAUGGUUAAGGUCGCUUGUACAUACACUUGGCCCAUAUAAAGUAUAAACCUUAACGUUUAUGUUGUAGCAUGGUAAUUGUGUGUCUGGAGGAAAACAAGUGGAUCAUUGAUCUGAUUUGCUGUUGAAUAAAUGUUCCUGAACAUUG